AUGAAAUUCUUCCAGUUGAUUGGAGGGAUGGUCCUUCUCACCUAUUUGUUUGCAGCCUGUUCUGGACAAAAUCCAGUGACUGUACUGUGCUCCACCGACUGGUUCAUGGUCACGGUACACCCCUUGAUGUUGAACAAUGAUGGGUAUGUGCACUAUCAUGAAUUACACCUGGGCCUGGGUUGCCUCGCCAACUACGUUCGGCCACAUGCCUACCAGUUCACCUACCGUGUUAGUGAAUGUGGCAUCAGGGCCAAGGUCGUCUCUCAGGAUAUGAUCAUCUACAGCACUGAGUUAUAUUACAAUUCAAAGGACACAUCAUCUAAGUACAUGAUCCCCGUGUCGUGUGCUGCCCCCCAACAUUCUCCAUGGCUCACUAUGCCUCACUCAGUGGGUGUAGCCAGAGAAAGUCAGGCCACAGCUCAGAAUGAUGAGGGACCCUAUGAAGUAUUUGAGCUGUCACAGCCACGGUCCAGCCAAAGAAGACCCAACUGUGAUUGUCCACCUUGUGUCUUCAACGAAGAGGAGCAUUCCCAGACCCCAGGUCUCCAAGCAGAGGCUGAGGCAGCCCAGCCACUUUACUUUGCUGAUAAUGCUGAGGAUUGGUCUCUUAGCUCAUGUGAUCUGGUCAGGCCCAUAUGA